GCAGGCGCGGACCCUUCUGGAUUUACCACGCACAGACACGAACGCAGAAGCUCGGUGGAAGUACCCGACACGCUCAUCGCCACGCUGCCACUGCACGCGCUCCGGUGCUUCCAUGUAUAAGAUGGAUUACUCCUACCUGAACUCCUAUGACUCGUGCAUGGCGGCCAUGGAAGCGUCAGCCUACGCGGACUUCAGCUCCUGCAGUCAGGCCAGCUCCUUCCAGUACAACCCGAUCCGCAGCGGACCCUUCUCCAGCCCGGCGUGCGCCCCGCUCAGCACGGCCAGCUGCACCCUCGGGGCCCUGAGGGAGCACCAGCCCACGCCGUACUCCUCAGUUCCAUACAAGUUCUUCUCGGACCCGUCCGGGCUGAACGAGAAGCGGAAGCAGCGCCGGAUCCGAACCACGUUCACCAGCUCGCAGCUGAAGGAGCUGGAGCGGGUGUUCGCAGAGACGCACUACCCGGACAUCUACACCCGAGAGGAGCUGGCGCUGAAGAUAGACCUGACGGAGGCCCGGGUCCAGGUUUGGUUCCAGAACCGACGCGCCAAGUUCCGCAAGCAGGAGCGGGCUGCCAACGCCAAAGCCAACAGUUCUGGCGGGUCGGCGGGCAGCACCACCAGCACCAGCUCUGGAGUGAAGAAGAACGGGGAGACCAGGUCGUCAUCGGAUGAUGACGAGUCCAAGGAGUCCACCUGCAGCCCCACACCGGACAGCACCGCCUCACUCCCCGGGUCAGCUAACGGGAACCUGGGCAGCCCGGCCAGCCUCAGCCCCAGCCCAGCUCCGGUCAACAGCUACUCCUCAACCUCCCCGGUGCUGCAGGGUCUGAAGACGUCCAGCUGGUCCAGCUUGGGACCGUCCAACCCAGCUGUGGCCGAGCCCGCAGCCCAGACUCAAGAGAUCCUGAAGGCCUGGCAGCCCGCAGACAGUAUGACCGGGCCUUUUGCCGGAGUCCUGUCCUCCUUUCACAGAAAACCCAACCCCCCCAUCAAGAUGAACCUGUUCUGAGACGUCUGAACUUGUGCGCUCCUCCGGACCAGACCAGAGGGUUCCGGUGCUCAUCCGCAAAGGACUGGAAAAGCAGACCAACUCCUUCAAUGUAUCCCUCAAGAACUUUAUGAAUUUCUACUGAAAACUCAAACCCAGACAGACCGGAACCAGAAGGUGCGUUUCAGUGACUACCGUUUGUGUUCACGCUCUCACCUCAACACUUGACCAAAACAACCAGCUUAUAAAAGACUAUUUUAGUUGCUCCGACAAACAGCAAAUUCCCAUGUUACACAUGUCUUGAGAAGCAACAGGGUAAGGACCAAAGACACAUUAAAAGAGAUGAUGCUUCACUGCGAGUUUCGAGGUUCCCUUCAGAUUGCUCUAAAGAUACACCUCCACUCUGGCUUAGGAACAUCUGCAGCAACAGCAGAGGAGCGUAGCUAUCUGAAUGGAAAGGCACCUUCUCCAGGAGGUCGGCUCAGAGAUGUAAGUCGAACUACAAACAUCCCACUCUGGUUCUGGCUGGAGAAGACUGACUUUCUUUGACCACCAAGCACAACUUCCUCCAAGACCCCCCCCGCCCAAACCCAGCGACCCCACGGGAGCCCCACCAUUGUCUUUGCAUUUAAAGGAAGACCGGGAAAUCCAAUUUAGACUCUCCCUCUAAUGUAUCCAGUGGGUGGCUGGGACGGUGGCAGCCUUCCCCUCCCUGUGACUCCUGGCUCAGUCUGGAUGCUCCAUCAUGAAACAGUGGAUGCUUUGUUCACUAGUACUUAAAGCAGAGAUGACGCGUCGCCGUCUGAGGCCUGUGGCUGGAGCUUCUGGACAAUGCAACGGAUGGAGGAAAGAGACUCCAAAACACGUUGGUCUCAUGCAAAGGACUCUGCUGACGGGGAGCGGAGCCGAUAUCAGCCGAUAAGGUUUACAUUUGUCGACCAUCGCUGCAGUCCAGACGCAACACAGCGUGACCCACAACGUUCAUUCCUUCCGAAGACUUGCUGGCACCCAUAUCUGAGCCCUCAUCCAUCUGAUGGUGUCAGAAAUCUGGGAAUAUAAAACCAGAACUUAAAGGAAACAAAAUGUUGUGCGGUCAGACGGGGGCAUGUUUUUGGAGACUCCUUCAUCGACAUGAAGAUCCAACAUUUAAACACGUGUAUCAUUUGCUGAAAAGGAAAAGCAAAAUUACUUUUUUUCCUUGUGUUUACAAAGACAUCUAAAAGGGAACAUGCGUAUUUAUUAAUAUUAUUAUAAUUAUUUUGUCUUUAAACUGCCUCAUUUCGUGACUGUAAAUCUGUAAGUAGUAAUAUAAAUACUAGCUAGAGUUUUUAUUUCCUCCACAUUGCUUUACAGACGGGAAGUUAUAGCACUACUCCGGAAUAUUCCCUCGAGUCGACAGUACAUUACGGAAAGCACUACGUGAUGCGUUCAACGACCUGUUUUUUUGUGUGUGAGUGUAACGGUAUAAUGUGUGAAUAUUACAAACUCACAACACUGUUGCAGUAUGGGCUGAAAUCAUAUUUAAAUAAAAUGU